AUGAUUUGGUUUUUCUUGUUAUGCUGCCUUCUGACGCCGGCUGAUGGACACCAAACACAGGGAGGACUGCCUUUCUUCCACGGGCAUGUUUUUGAGAACUCCCCGACAGCCUCUAAAGUGAACGGACUGAGCAUUCCGAUGAAGCGCAUCAACGCGCAAAAAUGGUGCCCAGUCUUUGGGAUGCACUUCAAACUGUAUGGAAAUGGAAGCGAAGAUUUCCGCACCUUCGCCCACCACAAGCGGGGAAAUCUAUUGCUAAAAACUUGCAGGGUUUUAGACAGAGAGGCUCGAUCACAAUAUCUGCUGAGUGUGGGUAUGUGUUGCCAGACCUGCGUAUCGGAGUCUGCCGUCUUCGAUGUUGCGUCGGUAAAAGUGGACGUUUUGGACACCAACGAUCACGAACCGACUUUUCGCAGUGCAGACACCGUUCACAUAACUUUAGAUGACACCACCGCUCUCCGUAGUGUGGUUUACAGGCUGGAAGCUGUCGACGCAGACAGUGGCAACAACGCAGAGAUAACAUACAUUUCCAUCCCCAAAAAUGGCAGUUUCUAUGUUGUCCCGAAAACAGGCGAAGUUUUGCUCCUUGACUCCAUUCUGGGGCUCCCAUCUGAAGUCAAAUUUUGUGUUUUUGCCAGAGACCACGGAUGGCCUCCUCUGACCAGUAAAGGUGUAGUGGUGACUAUUGCGCCACGGCAGUGGACAACGCGUCCCGCUGAAAUGGCAGAGUCAAGAAGGACAGGUCGGGCGCCGAGGGCAUUACUUGACAAUGGAUCUCUGGUUUCCCUCAGCGUGUCUGAAGAUGCCAGCAUCGGCUCAGUCAUAACCAGCCUGAAUCCCACCAGGUUUCAGUCAGCCGAAUACGAGCUGAUUUAUCCGGUGCCAGAGAGCUCACCGGUCACCGUGGGGCGUGACAGUGGGGAUAUCACCAUAACCAGGAGGCUGGAUAGGGAGACAGAGCCUUCCCUGGAGCUCACUGUAAAGAUUCAGGAUAAACGAGGCGCAGACUGGUACCUGAACAAGGUAAAGCUGAAGAUCACUGAUGUCAAUGACAAUGUCCCUGAGUGGGAUAUGAGGCCGUACCCUUACCUGGCUGUAGUGUCCCCUGAGGCCCCUGCGGGAAUGUUUGUCUACCAGCUCCAGGCUCAUGAUGGGGAUGAGGGCAAGAGCGGAAAGGUGGAAUACUUUUUGUCGGAUGGCGGUGAUGGCUGCUUUGCAGUGGACAAGAUGACAGGCCAGGUGCUGACGACAGGGCUGGUGCUUCAGAGGGACAGAGAAUAUUUGUUAAGCGUGUUGGCCCUUGAUGGCCUUGGCAGCCGCAGUGCCCCAGCCAUGCUCUCUGUGGUGGCUGGUGCCAGAGCGCCGCAGUUCACCAAUGCUACCCACGCCAUUUCCAUACCCGAGAACAAACCUGAAAGACAGCCCUUCCUGGUGGUGUCUGCAAUUUCUUUCCAGAAGCAGCCAGUCAGCUACAGCCUGUUGAUCAAUCCCAGUAGCCUUUUCAGCAUCCAGUCAAACACAGGGGAGAUCAGUCUGACCAGGACCCUAGAUUAUGAGAGUGACCAGCGUCGCUACCUGUUGAUGGUGCGCGCCAGCGAGGAGCCUGGCAGCUUCAGCACUGCCACAGAGGUUCAGGUGUUGAUAACAGAUGAGAAUGAUUGUGUCCCAGAGUUUCUCCACUCCAUCUACAGUGUGGAAGGAGUCCCGGAGACUGUAACCACGGCAACAUCCCUGCUGCAGGUGUUGGCCACAGACUGUGACUCAGGCUUAAAUGCUGAGCUUACCUAUUACACCCUGAGCCCGGACUUCAGCAUUUCACCCCAUGGGACUGUUUUUCCUGCGGGCCGACUGGACUACGAGAGGCCCAACCAUCUGUAUGAGUUUGUGGUGAUAGCAAUGGACAGCGGGGACAAGCCUCACUCUGGCACUGCCACGGUCCGUGUGAGAAUGACAAACAUCAACGAUGAGGCCCCUGAAUUCUCUCAGCCUGUAUAUCGAACGUUUGUUUCCGAGGACGCUGGCCCCAACACCCUCGUCACCACAGUUCUGGCCAAAGACCCAGAUGGUGAUGGCAUAAUCUACUCCAUAACAGCAGGCAAUGAGGAAGGAAACUUUGUCAUUGACAAACAGAAAGGGUUGAUUCGUCUCCGCUCCACUCCCCAACCCAAGCUUCAAGGCCUGGAGUAUGUCUUAAAUGUAACAGCCACAGAUGACAAUGCAUCAGGCGGGCCGCGCUCUCUCUUCUCCACUGCGUAUGUCAUCGUUGGAGUUGAUGAUGUCAACAACAACAAACCUGUAUUUGAGGCGUGCCAGCAGUAUUGUGAACAGGCGUCAGUGCUGGAGAACCAGCCAACAGGGACGUUUGUGUUGCAAGUGCAUGCUUUGGAUGCCGAUGAGGGAGCAAAUGGAAAAGUCAAAUAUGGCCUAAUGCACAGAGACAGCGCCAUGCCCGCCUUCAGAAUUCAACCAGACACAGGCAUGAUUACAACAGCCCGGCGGUUCAACAGGGAGCAGCAGAGAGAGUAUUCAAUUACAGUCACAGCCACUGAUUGGGCAGAGGAGCCCCUCAUUGGCAUUUGUCAGCUCACUGUCCAGAUACUGGAUGAGAAUGAUAAUAGCCCCAAGUUUGAGAAUUUGCACUAUGAGUACUUUUUGAGAGAAGACACUCUGGUCGGUACCAGUUUCCUUCGUGUGGCAGCUCACGAUGACGACUUUGGCACUAACGCAGCUAUCACUUACUCCAUGUCCCUGGACCAGCCUGAGUACCUGCGGGUCAACCCUGUCACUGGAUGGGUCUACGUUAACCAGCCCAUAUCACAGAGAACCUAUAUCACACGGGACAUCAUAGCGACCGACGGUGGAAACCGAAGCACUUCUGUGGAGCUGGCAGUCACCAUCACCAACGUAAAGAACCAGCCUCCACAAUGGGAGAAGGAGAGCUACAGUGUCAUCGUCCCUGAAAACACCCCCAGGGACACAUCCAUAGUAACAAUCAAGGCGACCUGUCGGCUGGGUGACCCGAGGGUGACCUAUAACUUGGAGGAUGGGAUGGUCCCCGAAACCAACAUGCCAGUCCGUUUCUACCUCUCCCCCAACCGUGAAGAUGGCUCUGCGUCCAUUCUGGUGUCCGAACCACUGGACUACGAGACCACACCCUUUUUCUCUCUGCGGGUUCGAGCACAGAACAUGGCUGCGGUGCCUCUUGCAGCUUUCACUACAGUUUAUAUCAAUAUCACAGAUGUCAAUGACAACGUGCCAUUUUUCACCUCCUCCAUCUAUGAGGCUUCAGUAACAGAGGGAGCCCCGAUAGGGACUUUGAUUCUCCAAGUGUCUGCCCAUGACAACGAUCUGGGUCUUAAUGGAGAGAUCACUUACUCUCUGCUGAGAGACAGCAGUGGUGACCACCAUCUGUUCUGCAUAGACCCAAAACUUGGAAUCAUCUACACAGAAGCUGUGUUUGAUCGUGAGGCCCGAAGCUCCUAUUUGCUCGAAGUCCAGUCAGAGGAUGGCCAGGAGUCAGCUCGACCUGGCAAGAACAAGCAACCCAACUCAGACACCGCAUAUGUCAGGGUUUUCAUCAGUGAUGUCAACGACAACAAACCAGUCUUUGUUCAGCGGCUGUAUGAAGUCAGUGUCGACGAGAAUGCAGAUGUGGGCCUGGCUGUUGUCACUGUUAGCGCUAAUGACGAAGAUGAAGGAGCCAAUGCCAAGCUGCGCUACCAGAUUACAUCCGACAACAAAGGUGGUGUUUUUGACAUCGAGUCAGAGGUGGGGACUAUCUUUAUUGCACAGCCGCUGGACUAUGAGCAGCAGAAGAGAUACAAGCUACUUGUUGUUGUGUCUGAUGGGAAGUGGGAAGACUGCGCAGCUGUGGUGGUUACUGUGGUUAAUAAGAACGAUGAGGCACCCGUGUUCUCCAUGAAUGAGUACUAUGGAUCUGUCACAGAGGAGCUUGAUGGGUCACCUAUGUUUGUACUACAGGUGACAGCUACUGACCCAGACAAAGAUGCAGACCAGGCUGCCAUACGGUAUUCCAUUCAUGGCCAAGCGGCAGAGUCACACUUCAUGAUCAAUGACAUCACAGGGGAGUUGUAUGCCCAGCGCACCAUGGACAGAGAAGAGCGUGCUGUCUGGCGCUUUGUUGUCAUGGCAACAGAUGAAAAAGGCGAAGGACUUACUGGUUUUACGGAUGUUAUUAUCAGUGUGUGGGACAUCAACGACAAUGCCCCCACCUUCAUGUGUGCACCUGAUAAUUGCCACAGCAGCGUGGCAGAGAACUCCCCUCCUGGAACGUUUGUUGUGGAGAUGACAGCAGUAGACCUUGACGAUGCAGCUGUAGGUCACAAUGCCAUCCUCACCUACCAGAUCACUGAGAAUGCACACAACACAAACAGUGAAGACCUUUUCACUAUUGAUUCCAGCACCGGCACCAUAUCAGUGGCAGCCGAGGGUCUGGACCGGGAGUUUGCUGACAGCCACUAUCUCGUAGUAGAGGCUCGAGAUGGCGACGGUAUGACAGGUACAGCAACCGCCACUAUAGUGGUAACAGACAUCAAUGACCAUGUGCCAAAAUUUAGAGAGGACUGGUGUGUCGCUCAUGUGCCUGAGAACACUAAUGAGGAUGCUCUUAUUUUGGAGUUGAAUGCUGUGGACCCUGACACUGGCACUUAUGGACAGCUGGCCUUUAGUGUGGUGGCAGGAGACCCAGAGCAACGAUUUUACAUGGUCAGCCACAGACAGGAGCAGACGGGCACUCUGAGGCUGAAGAAGAAGAUGGAUUUUGAGAGGCCAGAGGAGCAGCAGUUCAACCUUACCAUCAAGGUGGAGGACUCUGACUUCUCCACCCUCAUUCACUGUCUGGUUCAAGUGGAGGAUGAGAAUGACAAUGCUCCAGUGUUCACCCUGAGCUCCAACCUGGUCUUCCCUUUGCCUGAGGACGUAACUGUAGGAACCAGCAUCACUGAGGUUGCAGCCACUGACUCAGACUCAGGUCUGAAUGGGGACAUUUUAUACAGCAUUCUACCUCAGUCUGACUUAUAUGAACAUUUUACAGUCAGCGAAGCAGGUGUGAUCACAGUCGCCAGACCACUGGACAGGGAGACAGUGGCAGGUUAUGAGCUGGUUGUCAUGGCAACAGACCAGGGUACCCCACCAUUGACUGGCAGUGUCACGGUACACUUGCCGCUGCUAGACAUGAAUGACAACGGGCCGGAGCUGGAGACAGCCUACAUGCCUGUGCUGUGGGAGAACAGUCCAGCACCUCAAGUUGUCUGGCUCAACAGGAGCUCAGCUCUGCUUCAUAUUGUGGACAGAGACUCCCAAGAGCACGGGCCUCCUUUCUUUCUCUCCCUGCCCUCGCUUUACUCUAUCGACUUUCACCUGAAAGAUCACAGAAAUGGCUCUGCCACACUCUUUGCCCUGCGGAGAUUUGACAGGGAAAGACAGAGCGAGUUCCACUUACCGGUGAUUAUGAUUGACAGUGGCAAUCCACCAAUAACAGCCACAAACACACUCACCAUCACCAUUGGCGACCAGAAUGAUAAUGCUCAUCAAGCAGGAGAGAAAGAUAUUUAUGUGCAUAGCCACAUGGGAAGGAUGGCAGAUGCAGCACUGGGGAAGGUCUAUGCCCCAGACCCUGAUGACUGGGACAACAAGACCUACACCCUGGAGACAAGUGCAACCAAAUACUUCAGCCUCAACCAGAGCUCAGGAGUACUGACUGUCCAACAGAACGCUCCACCUGGAAGCUACUGGUUGAGGGUCAGGGUGUCUGAUGGGGUGUGGCCCGAUGUGAUCUCAGGGGUCAGGGUUCAUGUCAGGGAGCUGGACAUGGAGGCCAUCCUGUCAUCUGCCUCGCUUCGUUUGACUGGCAUUACAGCAAGAGAUUUUAUUGACCCUCACACAGAAGGGAAGAGUCGCAUGGAGAUGUUCUGGGACUUCCUGUCUGAAACCCUGUCCAUCAGACCAGGGAGUAUCAACAUUUUCAGCAUAGCAGACAGAGAGAAGAAAACAGUGGACAUCCAUUUCUAUGUGCUAACUGAUAAUGGGUACCUGCACCCAGAGAAGCUGCAUGCUGUCCUUACCACACAUAAAAAGAAGCUGCAGUCGUUGCUGCGUGUGAAUGUGAGCCAGGUGCAGGUAGAUGAGUGUGUGCACGCAGACUGCAAGACGUCGAGCGGCUGCUCCACACAGUUAAGCAUCAGUGACUCGCCCACCCUGGUGGACGCAGGUGCUUUAUCCCUGGUGUCAGUAAAGGUGACUUCCUUGGCUGUGUGUGGCUGUGCUGCCAGGGAAAUGACCCACCGACCCUGCUCCUCCUACCCCAGUAACCCCUGCCUUAAUGGGGGUACCUGCAUCGACAACCAGAAUGGAUACAGGUGCCACUGCCCCCCUCAGCAUGAGGGGCCAGACUGUCAGCAGACCAUACUGAGUUUCCUUGGCAAUGGCUAUGCCUGGUUUCCCCCCAUAAGGCCGUGCUUUGAUAACCAUCUUUCACUGGAGUUUCUGACAGAAGAAGAUGACGGACUGCUGCUGUAUGCUGGCCCGUUGGCCACUCCACUGCCUGGGGAUACUGAGGACUACAUGGCCAUAGAGCUGAUUGGAGGGACACCUAGUCUGAAAAUUAACCAUGGUUCUGGGGCCCUGGUCCUAAAGUUAAGUAAUAUUCGGGUUGCUGACAGACGGUGGCAUCACCUUGAUGUGAGGAGCAAUAGUAAAGAAGUGCGCUUCAUUCUCGACCGAUGUUCCAGUGCGAUUAUCAUGGAGACAGAGGGUGUGGACUCAUGGGCAAUGACAGAGGACCGCUCAUCUUGUGAAGUUCGAGGGAUCACACCCAACAGAGACAACUAUCUGAAUGGGAAUCAUGUCAUGCAGCUUGGAGGGGUCAAUGAGAACAUAUCAUAUGAAUACCCACAGCUGCAGCACAAACACUAUACUGGAUGUAUAAGGAACCUGCGUGUGGACACCAAGCUAUAUGACCUUGGUUCCCCAGCUGAAUCCUCCAACACUGUGCGAGGCUGCUCUCUUACUGAUGACCACUGCACCAACAAGGAGCAGCUUCCCUCCUGUGGUAGGCGGGCACACUGUCAUGGCGAGUGGGGUUCCUUCAGCUGUGUGUGUGAACCAGGGUUUACAGGGCCUCAUUGUGAUCAAGUGGCUCCAGAGUUCUCCUUUGAUGGCCGCAGUCACAUUCACUUCCAGCUCUUAUGGUCAUUGCCUCCGCGACAGACAAGGGUCCAGGUUGGGGUUCGGACACGUGCUGCUGCUGGUGUCAUCCUCAGCCUGCUUUCCCAGGAGCAGAAUGAAUAUUUACUUUUGGAGGUUAUUCAGGGUCUGCUGGCUGUUUUCUACAACCUUGGAGAUGGAGACUACAACCUGACAGUGCCCCACUAUCGCCUUGAUGAUGGAGAUUGGCAUGAGGUGGAGGUGGAUCGGUACGGCAGAGAGUUCACACUGCGGCUGGACCGGGGAGGAGGGAGACGAGAGGUUACAGCAUCACUUGGGCAGAGUCAGGAGAUCAUUAUUGACCCCUCUGUAGUAAUGCUUGGGAACUCUUUUCCCUCGGGACACAACCAGAGCUUUCUCGGCUGUUUACGAGAUGUCAGGAUUAAUGGCCGCUCCAUCCCUCUGCAUUUGGAGCAGCCUUCAGAAGGGCUCCAGGUGGUCAGUUCGCGGGGUAUCUCCAUUGGCUGCUCUUCAGAAUCCUGCCGAAAACACCACUGCAUCCCUCCCUUGGUCUGUGUAGACCUCUGGAGACACCACGAGUGCAGGUGCCCUCCAGGCCACAUGACCAAAGAGAGCUCCUUGGGCAAAGUGUGUGUCUACACACUGUGUGCUAGCCGGCCAUGCCACCACGGCACCUGUGUGGCUCACUCUCCAUCCCGCUACUCGUGCCACUGCAGCAAGGGCUACCAGGGACGCCACUGUGAGGACUUAUUUCGCAAUGAGGACAUCAACAGCCUCAGCCUCAGCUCCCUAUUCGCCAUCAGCAUCUGUGUCAUGGCCUUUCUAGUGUUGAUGCUGGGCCUGUUUCUAUACUCCUGCUGGAGGAGACACAAGGGCCUGAAGGAAGGUGUGUACCAUGUGUCUGCGCACCAUGGUGAGUGGGAGGACAUCCGAGAAAAUGUGCUCAACUACGACGAGGAGGGUGGAGGAGAGCAGGACGAGAAUGCCUUUAAUAUCGUGGAGCUGCAGCGCUCCCUCCAGCCCAGCCCGGCACAGUCUCUCCGCUACAGCUAUCCUCAAAGCAUCAUGUCCUACCCACAGACUAAGCUUUCUCAGGACAACAAGAAGAAGGGGGUGUCUAACGGGAAUGGCAGCACAGCUAUCGCCCUGCGUCUGGCCACCCCCACUUCAGGGAAAGGAACUUUGUCGUCCCCGCUGACCUUCCACCGUUCACAGAAAACCCUCUCCCUCUCCAGUCAGGACUUGGCCCGAUAUCUGUGUGAGGUCAUCAGGGACAUGGAGCACCCAGGGGAGCUCAGCACCUUGACCACACCGUGCUGUACCUUCAGCAAGGAGCGAGGCCUGGCUGUGGUGCGCUCCCUCAGUUCCCUCAGUGCAUCUCAGGGUUCGGAGGUAAGUCUUCAGGCAUCCCAGAGCACCCGGCUGGACAGGUUCAAAACUCUCCGAGCAGUGGUUAGUGAUUUGAGAGGAGAUUUCAAGACUUCAGAGGGCCAGAGAGUCAAACUGAUGGAGAGCAGAGGGCAGCUGAACAGUGAGAAGAGUGGGUGA